UUACACUCAGUUUGGCGGGGAAUUCCGUUUCAACUUCAGCCGAAACGCUCGCUGAAUAUUGUAAUUACAGCGAUAAAUAAUGCGAUAAAUAGAGGCUGAAGUGCGUGAACUGAUGUCAUUUCCAACCCUAAACAGUUUCGCGGCAGUACCGUAACGUUAGCAUGACGCUUAGCUCAGUUAGCCUGCUUUAGUUCCCUUGAAUUUUUGUCGCCUCAUUGUUGACAUGAUCUGCUCUGUGGGCUCAGAAACGAGUGGCUUAAUGAAAGAUGUGUGACUGUUUUUCUAACCUAUUUAGCUCUGAAGCUCUGACUGCAGUCUGCAUAUAUUAACUAUGCAGCUGGUGAACUUAGCUCACAGUCUGAUCAGUGAAAGUUAGAGCUGGCCGUUUUCCUGGAAGUCACAACUGUGCAACGAACAAGUCCUGUGUUUUUACUACUGGUGUUCAGCAGGCGAGAAGACUCACGUUGUUGAUAUUAACUUCACAUGCCUGGACAAUGGCUGGACGAGGGCGUGGAAGAGGACGAGGUCAGCUGAGUUUCUGUAUGGAGGCUGUAGGAAUAGGAAAAGGAGAGAAUCUCCCACCUUCAACUGUCCAGCCUACACAACUGUUUCCUCCCUUGGAGCAUAAGCCAGUGCCCUUGCAGACAGGAGAGGAGGCAGAGUACAUGCUAGCUCUGAAGCAGGAGUUCAGAGCAGCUAUGAAGACUCUGCCUUUCUAUGUACGGCCUGCUGCACCAAAGAAAGAUGUGGAACGUUACUCUGACAAAUAUCAGAAUACUGAACCAUCCGAUAAUACGACUGAAUGGAGCCCAGAUUGGAGGCGUUUUCCAAAAGAGCUGCGCGUGCGGGUGAAGAGGCCUCUGAGUGAGAAGAGCACAGUUGUUCCCAAACACAGCAAGCAGCCACGGGUGGAUAAAGAGGAGAUCAUUCGCAAGUUGGAGACAUUAGAGAAAAAAGAGGAGGAGGUGAGUUCUGAUGAAGAGGAGGGUGAGAAGAAAAAAACAGAGGAAGAAGAGGCAGAGGGUGAGGAGGAGUAUGAUGAGGAAGAGUUUGAGGAGGAGACAGAUUAUAUAAUGUCAUAUUUUGACAACGGUGAAGAUUUUGGUGCAGACAGCGAUGACAAUAUGGAUGAGGCUAUUUACUGAUGCUGAACUGGAGAUCUGCGGGCAGCUACCAGAAGUUAAGCUGAGGAUGUUCGAGUCCUCCCAACAUUAAGCACAUUUUAAUGGUUGACUGUUUUAUUUGGCAGCUGUGUGUGGAAUCCAGCCCCCUCUUUACCAAGAGGAUGAACAGGUUAGAUUUAUAAGACUGCUUUUGUAAUAGAAGUACAACUUUAAGCCAGAGAGUUACAUUACAAGUGAUACAUGAUACACCUUAAAAUUUAAUCAGCUCUGUUCACUUCGUUGAUUUUACUCAAGUGGCCAAUGAAAAACAAAUUAUAAACGUAAUGGGUUAACUUUAAUUGAAAAUAUAACGGAAACUCCUUGCCUUGAUUGUAUCAAGCAUAUUGUCGCUGUCAGAAAACAAAACCUUGUAUUUUUACCCUUUUUAUUUAUUUACAUGAUUUGAUAAUGCCAGCUGCCAAUUACAUUGGACAAAUAGAAAUUGAAAAUUACUUGGAACAAAAUCGUGCUACAUAAAAUGCAUUAAAGUUAAAUCUCCUGGAAAGUUACCAUUUUCAAGAGACAAGGUUCAGUACUGAUGUAACCUGUUGACAGAAUUCAGACGUGUGCGGAUAAAGAGAAUAAGAUGGGGUUUAUUCUCACCAGACAAAACCGUAGUCAGAGUACGAGCAUGGGUCAAAGCCAGAAGGUGCAGCAGGAUCACAAGGGUGAUCAUAACAUCAAACAAACAAAACCAAAGGGGCAGGCUGAAGACGCAGUCACAGGGCAGGCAAAAGUAUUCCAGAAACACACAGCAAGAGUCCAAGGCAAAGGUACAGAAAGGGGUGAGCAAAAUCAGAAAAUGAGAUAUCAAGCAGAGGUCAGAAAACAGGCAAACACAAACAGAGAAGCUGCUCAGUAAGUUCAUCAGAAAAUACUAAGGAUCUUCUUGGGAUUGUGGGUGGUGUAGUCCGAGUUGGACUCUGAGUCAAGGGGAAGUUGCGCUGUCACAUGAUCUCCCAAAGGAGUCUGGGAAAUGCAGUCCAUUUCAAUCUGCGAGUUGGUCCGAGGCAUGACAUCCAACAGCGAUGAAGUAAAGUAUGUUACAAACAAAUAACUGAAUUAUGCUAACAAAUUUGAACAAUGUCCAAAUACAGUUGUCAAUUUCAGAUUAAUUUUGCAUUACAUUUUGUAAAAUAAGAUGGAAAAAAUGAGAGCCAUACACCUGUUGUCAGUUUUGUAUAACAAUUUGUAGAUUUUUAACACCCAUUUGGGUGGUUUUAUAUUGAAGUUUAUCUGUUUCUCAUAAAUAGCAACAUAUUUCUUAAUAGUCAUAUUAUUUUUUUGUGUUCCUUGUUUGUAUUUAAAAGAAUGAAUGUGCACAUUUUGUACAUUUUAAUUUUUUAAUGUUUUUUGUUUGUUUUUACAUUUUAGUGGGUUGCAUUGGUGAGGUGGUCUGCAUUAAUUACAUGUUCUGUUUGCAUCACCAGCACUCCAGUUACUUCAAAGUAUUAUAGAGGUUGUAUUAUUGUUAUAUUUAGUGGUUUUAGUGAAAGACUUGUGUCUCAGUAACAGUAAGCACAAUAAAUUCAUUAGUCUUAAAUAAGUGACUGUGAGUCUUUAAGUGAUGUAAAAAUGGCUGCAAGCAAUGGCAGAUUCUUUAAAGGGUGAAUUUCACUGAUUUUUUUUAAAGAUAGCUGCUUAAUUAAAUGGUUAAGAUAUAAAUAAAAUCAUUCAAUGGUGUAAUAUGAAAUGCUCUGUUUCAGAGAAAUUUACUAGGUCAGGACUGUUUACAUUGGUGGUGGUAGGAACCAGAUGUCUGAAGAAUUUAAUACCCCUUGAAGCUACAUCAAAGAAAGUUAUUACAGGAAAUGGCUACAAAUAUGCUGCCAGAAUUCCCCUUUCAGAUGCUAGUUUUAGUUCGUUUUCUGAGCACUAUUAAAUGCAAGACUUUCUGUAAGAGCAGUUCUGUUGAAUGGCAGGUAGGUGGUGUCUGAUGAUAGUUAAAAGUACUAAUGGCAAAAGGAGCAUCUGGGCUAUGUCUGGUAAGAUGAUCCACAGUAUUUAAGAAGAUAUAUAGUUGCCCAUAUAUUUUCCUGGCACAGACAUACAGACCCCUCAUAACAGAGCCUAUAGCGUUGCAUAACAGAUGUGCUUACUACCUCAACUAGGCUUUUAUUGACAAAUAUCCAUCCAGGCACCCCAACGGCAGUAAAAAAUGACCAUCACAGUGUUAACAACAACAUGAAACAAAGGGAGGGAGUAAUUCAGGAGGAUAUGACGUUCAAGCCGGGUAAACACUUCUAACCACUGGUUAAUGCAAAGUCCUCUCCUUGGAUACAGUUUACAUCAAGCAACACAACUACACUGAUAACAUCGCCAACAACAGCAACAGCAGUUUCCUUCUAAACUGGGAACAUGGCACCUGUCGCUCCCAAGAGCAGCUUUGCAUGGUCACACCCUCUAAGCUCCUCACAGCAGCAUUGCCUGUGGCAGACACACAAGGGUUGUUUGUCAACCCAAACAGACCACACAAAGUGUCUGGGCCACGUAGAGUCCUGGGCCGUCCAGUGCCUUGGUGACACCAUUGGCAAUGGGCAUCCCCAGUCCUCUCUCAGGGCCAUGUUCUUGGUGCAGUAGCUGUAUCCAACACUGCGCUGGAGCAGAAAGUCUGAGACCUGUAUUCUAUGCCGGGGCAUGGCAGAACUCUUUGUAGCUCAUAGCAUCAAGUCCAGUGCUACAGGAGCAACGGCAGUAGCAGCGGCACUCCUCUCAGUCGUUGAUGCCGGCAAAGGUGCUGCUCAUGUCCGCUGCCUGUGGCCCUCGGGAAUCCAUCCACCAACAUGACCAGGAGCUGAUUCCUCUCUCUCAUCAGCUCAACCAAUGAUGACAGACUUCAUUUGGAUGGUCAUCGCUUCCCAGUUAUCAGGUGUGCCACUCUUGAUGUAAGAGAGCAUGCCUUGAUGUAGCACCAACAAGCCAAUGUCAAUGAGGGCAGUGAGUUAGCUUCCAUCUAUGCUGCAUUUGACCCAAGGUCCACAGCAGCAGCUUCCCGGCUAGCUUCCAUUUCCCCACCAGAUCAGGUUUGCAGCAUUGCCUCACACCGUGUCCCCUCUUCCUGCAUCAUCAGCAUUUUAAUCCCUCCACUGUCACUUGCUCAGAGGCCGCAUGGCAUGUUUUCUUCUCCUCAAGCUCCUCCACCACAUAUCACUGUGUAGCAUGCUGUGGCAUUCUUAUUCCAAGAAUGAGUUCUGUCCCCUGCUUCAGCGGCGGUUGCUUGAAGCCUGCUUGGUGCAGUGAGCUGCACAAGAUGUCUCAGAUCCUCUAGCAGCACUGUGUUCAGGAAGUGUUCCAAUGCCAAUUUCUUGUGUGCAGCUUAUUCAAAUAUGGGUCUGCCUGCUCAUCAUGCUUAUCUCCACCACCAGCAUGCUUCUCCACUCUCCUUUCAGCUUCUGACUCCCAGGGAGCAGAAACACUGCCUGUGCCUGCCUAAAGCAGGGCAGGGAUGCGGUCAAUGCCACUAGGUCAUCAUGUUGUUCUGGAGGCAGAUUCACAAGCUCCUGUAGUGUUUUCCCCUCAAGUGCCAGACACAGCUGCAUCAUGCUGUCCAGCAGGGAUGUCAGGUGACCACUUGCGGUUGUGCGGAGUACAGCUCCCAGGUGUCCUCAUUAUUGAAGCAUGAUAAGCGCCUUCCUCUCGCCAGGCUAGAAAACAUUGCACAUACAGACAAAUGUUCUAUUUUGAACAGGUAUUUAAUGGCAGCAAGAAAAGACCAGCCCAACGCUAACCAAGCUACGAAAUGCAUGAGGGGAUAAUGCAGAAGAACAUGACAUUCAAGGAGGGUAGACACUUUUACCCACUAGUUAACCGCAAAGGCCACUCUCGUCGGACACCGUUUACACUAAGCAACAUAACCACUAUGAUAAUAUCAACAACAAAAACAGUCCCUGUGCAAACUGAGAGCAUGGUGUUCUCUAAGAGCCGUUUUGCAUGGCCAUAUCUGUUAAGCUUCUCACAGCAGCACGUCCCAUGGCAGACACCACAAUAUCUUCCAUGUUCUGUAACCAAAGGUGCUGCCAGACUUACAUUUGCUUACCUUUAGCUUUCUAGAAAUUGUUUUUUAUUUUUGGCAAAUUAGCAGUUUCCAAUACUUACUUCAUGAUGACUGUUCUUUGACUCAACUACGAAUAGUUGUUAAAAAUGUACCUGGAAUUGCUUGAUUAAAUUUGGCAUUCAGUGGCAGUAAA